GGGAGGGAGAAAGGACGAUACUGGUGGAGCCUGCCUGCUCGAGAAGUCGGGCGGGGGGGUCAGGAGUGAGUCCGAGGAAGGAGGUCAGCAGAACAGCAGCGCUGUAAGGUUGAGCGAUGGCGGGGUCUUUGGCUGCCGACCUGGUCCCUCGGCCGGAGAAACUCCCCGAGGUGACACGCAUGCACAGCAUGACGGAUCGGGUGAAGGGCUCCCUCUCCGAGUACCGCAACCAGAUCAUCCUGCUCCUAUCCCGCUGCGUGGCGAACGGGAAGCACAUGCUUCAGCCGCACGAGCUGAAGAACGAGCUGGAGCGGAGCGGGUUGCUGAGCUGGAGUGCUUCGCCGGCACGAAGAUCAAGGAGAGCGCUUUCGGCAAGCUGUUGCGUGCCACGCAGGAGGCUGUGGUCAUCCCUCCUUACAUCGCGCUGGCGCGACUUCGCCACUCUGGAGAUCGACAUGGAGCCUUUCAACGCCAACUUCCCGAGGCUGACGCGCCCUUCGUCCAUCGGCGAGGGUGUGUCUUACCUGAACAAGCAUCUGUCCUCUCGGAUGUUCAAGGAGCCCGGAGGUCUCCAGCCUCUGCUGGACUUUCUGCGGACUCACAAGUGCGUUGGCGAGACGCUGAUGCUGAACGAGCGCAUCGACACGCUCGAGAACCUGCGCAGCAACCUCGGCAAGGCGGAGGAGUAUCUGGGCGCUCGUCCUGCCGACACCCCCGUUGGCCAGGUGGCUGCGCGCCUGCAAGAGCUGGGCUUCGAGCGAGGCUGGGGUGACACCGCCGGGCGCAUCAAGGAGAUGCUGGACAUGCUGUCUGACCUGAUGCAGGCGCCGGACGCGGAUCUGCUCGAGAAGUUCCUGGGCCGCAUCCCGCUCAUCUUCAAUGUGGCCAUCAUGUCCCCUCACGGCUAUUUCGGGCAGGCGAAUGUGCUUGGUCUUCCUGAUACCGGCGGGCAGGUGGUGUACAUCCUGGACCAGGUGAAGGCGUUCGAGUGGGACCUGCUGACCCACAGCAAGCAGCAGGGACUGAACUACAAGCCCCAGAUCAUCGUGCUGACGAGGCUGAUUCCGGACGCCCAGGGAACGUCUUACAACCAGAGGAUCGAGCACAUCGACGGCACGCAGUACUCGAAGAUCCUUCGUUUCACGGAAGACACCGUGCACGAGCUGCGCGCUGAGUUCGGCGGCAAUCCGGACCUCAUCAUCGGCAACUACAGCGAUGGCAAUUUGGUGGCUGUCCUGCUCGCACAUAGGCUGAAGGUUGCGCAUUGCACCAUCGCCCACGCGCUGGAGAAGACCGAGUACCCCAACUCCGACCUCAGCUGGAAGGAGCUGGACGAGAAGUAUCACUUCUCCUGCCAAUUCACCGCGGAUCUGAUCGCCAUGAACCACGCCGACUUCAUCAUCACCAGCACGUUCCAGGAGAUCGCGGGGCGGGCGGACACCGUGGGGCAGUACGAGUCGCACCAGGCGUACACCAUGCCGGGGCUGUACCGCGUUGUGAACGGCAUCGACGUGUUCGACCCCAAGUUCAACAUCGUCUCGCCCGGCGCUGACGCCGACACGUACUAUCCUUACUUCAUCAAGGAGAAGAGGCUGACGGCGUUCCACCCAGAGAUCGGGGAGCUGCUGUACGGGCAGACGGAGGACGACAAGCUGUGCCGCGGCGUGCUCAAGGAUAAGAGCAAGCCCAUCAUCUUUACUAUGGCGCGUCUGGACAAGGUGAAGAACCUGACGGGACUGGCGGAGAUGUUCGGCAAGAGCCCGCGCCUGCGCAAACUGGUCAACCUGGUCAUCGUGGGAGGCUACAUUGACCCGUCUCUGUCCAUGGACAGAGAGGAGGUGCACCAGAUCAACGCAAUGCACGCCGUCAUCGACAAGUACGGGCUGGACAAGGGCGACAUGCGGUGGAUCGUGGCACAGAAGCACCGGAUGCGCAACGGAGAGUUGUACAGGUACAUCGCAGACACCAGGGGCGCUUUCAUCCAGCCGGCGUUCUACGAGGCUUUCGGUCUCACAGUGAUUGAGGCAAUGACCUCGGGGCUGCCGACGUUUGCCACUUGCCACGGAGGUCCCGCGGAGGUCAUCAAGCACGGCGUUUCGGGAUACCACAUCGACAUGUACCGACCCGACGAGAUGGYGGACCUGAUCGCAGACUUCUUCGAGAGGUGCAAGACGGAUCCGAGCGAGUGGGAUCAGCUGUCCAAGGCGGGACUGGAGAGGAUCUAUAGCAAGUUCACGUGGGAGAUUUACGCGGGGAGGCUCAUGACACUUUCUCGAGUGUACACCUUCUGGAAGUACGUGUCCAACCUCGAGCGGAGGGAGUCAAGGAGGUACAUCGAGAUGUUCUACAAUCUCAAGUACAGGGAGUGCGUCAAGACGGUGCCACUCGCUCUCGAGAACUGCAUGUUGAAGUGCCUGUUUUGCGGCGAUGAGUUCCAGGGAAACCAAUAUGUUGCGGCACGCGAUUUCAGGCAGGGGAAAGGGUGUCCGUCAGUGACCGACGAGGCGCUGGUGGACAUAAACUACAACUCGGACUACAAGCUGGAAGGCAAGAUCCUUGACUGCAUGCUUCAGUUCGAUGAGCUUCACGGUCCAACACUUGCCAUGGAUCCACGCCGGGACGAGGGAGGCGCGGGAGGGGCGGGACAAGAGAGGGGUGACGAGGAGGUGGUCAACGUUGACAACGUCGAGGACGAGGGUGCGCGGACAGCAAGGCGCGGGCCAUCGACGAGGGACCGAGGGAAGGACGUCGUUCAUGAGCCGUGGGGGCAGCAAGGCCGUUUCUUUCAGGAUGCGCACAUGCCGGCUCGCACUCAGGCGCAUCGGGAUGCGGAACACGUGGUGGCUACUGUGGGGAAGAGAAAGAGAGAGAGGAGGGGGCGAGGCCGGGUGGGCUAUGAAACACCCGCGGAUGCGUACGCGGGUUCGAUCUCGGAUGGCGGACGCAGAUGGGGCCGCCUCCGCGGCCGACCUGGUCCGCGUGGCAGACCCGAUUUUACCAGAAUUUUCCUGAAUUAAAUAAUCGUUAAAAAUAUAUAUAUAUAUAUAUGGGGUUGUAGGGAAUUUUAAGCCCUACAACCCCAUAUU